AUGAAAUUGCUUUACUUUACCGUCCUUCUCCAGAUCUCCCUGUUCUCGGCAAGCUCCCUUGCGCAGGAAGGUGGAAACAAUACUGAACUUCAAGUCCAACAAACACUUCCUGGUACCGGGAUCGCUGCCGUCAACUCUGUUAAUUUACUACGGAUCUAUAGCCAAGAUACUUCGGGUGGCAUCCGGGAGGCCAGAUUUGAAGGCUAUUGGAGCGGAGGCCUCGCAAAUGACACAAUCGCAAAGGCCAGGGCUAAUUCGUCAAUUGCUGCCGCCUCCGAUGAUCUCGAGCUAAUCCGCGUUUACUAUCUCUUGCCAAACAACACACUGGGCGAAGCUGCAUCUGAUUCCCAAAGCCGGUGGUAUACUGGUUCGCUUAACAAUUAUAAUUUUCAGGUUGCAUCUCAUUCAAGGCUCGCUGCAGUAUUUGUUCCCAGCAUCCAACGUCCCCGAUUGCGCAUAUAUGCACAGUUAGGGGACAAUACUAUCCAGGAGUUUGGAUAUGACGUUGGUCGUGGAUGGCAACGUCUGGCCAACUUUGGUCCUGCCUUACCAGGCACAGGUAUAGCCGCUUUGACGUAUACUACAGGCCUACGAAGAUCAACUACUCGACUUUAUUUUCAAACCACAGACCGCCACGUUGUGGAAAGGGUCUAUGAUAACCGGUCGUGGAGUGAUGGAGGCAUUGUCGUACGAAAGGCCAAGUCACGCACCCCCUUAGCUGCCACCAGCUUCCUACUUACACCCGGAAACCCGCAAAGCGUCAGAGUGUACUAUGGCAACGAGGACAAUCGCAUCCUUGAAAAAGGGACUGAAGGCGGUACUUACUGGUAUGAUGGCGCGUUUGAGCAUUCAGCCAUUCCCAGUUCCCAAGUGGCUGCCGUGGAUUGGGGAAAUGGCGGCGUGUUCAACAUCAGGCUUUAUAUCCAGGAUGGGGCCUUUAAGAACGGGAUAAGUGAAUGGGCUUGGUUCCGCCGUUCAUGGCGCCGAGGGAUCCUUGCAAUCCCGCCCGCAUAA